AUGCAAAAAGCGGUCAUCGUAAGUAUAUCAAUAACAUCGGUUGGAGUAAUUCUUGUCCUUCUGGGAUCUAUACUGGGUUGGGUAUUUCUCCCAAAUUUUAUCGAGAGUACGAUUAAAAAGCAAGCACAAUUGAAAAAUGGGACAGAGAUGUUUGAGAAAUGGGUUGAUAUCCCGAUUCCAAUUUACAUCAAGUUUUACUUUUUUAACGUCACGAAUGCGGACAAAUUUUUGGCAGGAGUGGGUGGAGAUUGGAGUACGAAGCCAGAGGUAGAAGAGCUGGGACCUUACAUCUAUCGACAAACACGAGUAAAAUACGAGAUAGAGAGUCACCCAGAAAGAGAUACUAUCUCAUAUCGGCAAAAUAUUACGUACCAUUUCGAACCCGAAAUGUCUACAGGAUCAGAGACCGAUUUUGUCUAUGUUAUCAACAGUCCUCUACUGGCUGUCGCCACUAUAUUAGCCACGGUAGACGAAUCAAUUCUCCCACGGGCGCUCAGUAGAGAAAUCCUGUCUUUUAUGAUGAGUCCCUUGUCCAGGGAACGCUUCCUUAUGCCCGCAAUUGUGAAAGACAUCUUAUUUGGAAAGAGACUUAAUUUCAUUUACGAUACUUUCAUUUCGAUAGCAAAAGACGUUUUGGGUAUCGAAUUACCACCGGAACUUGCGGAUGGAAAAUUUGGUGCAUAUCUGAACAAAAAUGGGACAAAUGCGGAUGGUCUGUGGGAGAUUUAUUCGGGAGGUCAGGACUACAAGAAAAUCGGACAAUUGAAAAGCAUCAAUGGAAAAAGUGACGUGGAAGGUGCGUGGAAAGGGGACUGCAACAAUAUUAAAGGAUCCGAUGGAAGCUUCUUCCCCCCUUUGUUGAAGAAAGACACACCACUGUCCGCAUUUUCACCGGACGUUUGUCGAUCAGUGGAUGUAACUUUCGAUUCGGAGGUGAAGUUUAAAGGAAUUCCAGCAUUUCGAUUUGUCGCCCUAAAGACAAUGUUUGCCAGCGGAAAAACGCAUCCACCUAAUGAUUGCUACUGCAUGCCAAUACCUUCACCGUUAAAUGGAACUUGUGAUUUCGAUGGCGUGACGCGAAUGUUUUCGUGUGCACCUGCCGUCAUUUCUAAACCGCAUUUCCUAGACGCAGACGAUUUCAUUUUGGAGAGUGUUGUGGGUCUCAAGCCGGAUAGAGCAUUGCACGAGACAUUCAUGGACGUAGAACCGGUAAAGGAAAUAUAA